UCUUCCGGGUCUUUGAGCGCGCGAGCGAGGCGACGCCUCCGGUCGCCGAGUGCGUGACGUGCUUACGCCGGUUACGGGGAAGAACGGGGAGGAGACCGUUUCGGAAACUCGCGUUGUCUGGACCCGUUGCCUGGGGUACUGAACCGAUAAUGGAAACAGAAACUGGCAAUCAAGACAAAUCAAUGGAAGAGGAAAACAUUGAACAGAAAAAAGAGGGAGAAAAAAAGAAGCGGUCAAGAGUGAAGCAGGUACUUUCAGAUAUUGCUAAGCAAGUGGAUUUCUGGUUUGGGGAUGCCAAUCUUCACAAGGAUAGAUUUCUUCGAGAGCAAAUAGAGAAGUCUCGAGAUGGGUAUGUCGAUAUAUCCCUUCUUGUGUCCUUUAACAAAAUGAAAAAAUUAACAACAGAUGGGAAAUUGAUAGCCAGAGCCUUGAAAAGUUCCUCUGUUGUAGAGUUGGAUUUGGAAGGUACAAGAGUAAGGAGGCGGCAGCCCCUCGGUGAGAAACCAAAAGAUGUGGAUGAUCGAACUGUUUAUGUGGAAUUGCUUCCCAAGAAUGUCAAUCACAGUUGGAUUGAAAGAGUAUUUGGAAAAUGUGGGAAUGUUGUUUAUAUCAGCAUUCCUCAUUACAAGUCCACUGGAGACCCAAAGGGAUUUGCAUUUGUAGAAUUUGAAACAAAAGAACAAGCUGACAAAGCCAUAGAGUUUUUAAAUAAUCCACCAGAGGAAGCACCAAGAAAACCUGGAAUGUUUCCAAAGACAGUGAAAAACAAACCUAUACCUGCUCUCAAUAGUAGUAUUUGUAGAGCUGCUGAGGAAAAGAAGAAGAAAAAGAAAAAGAAAUCGCGAAUGAAAAAGGAAAGUAUUCAGACCACAGUGGAGACCAAGGAAACAAAUACAGAUACUCCAGAUGAUGAACAUUUAAAUAAGCUCAAAAGACACAGGACAACUUCGGAUAGUUCAGAAGUGGGUAAUUUGGAUAUUCAGAGGCCACCAUGUAAAAAGGAAAAGAAGAAAAAAGAAGUGUUAGAUUUACCUGCAGAAACCAGAGGAGGGAAGAGGAAGAGAAAUAGUUCUGGAGAUGUGGAUACAUUGAUACCAAGUUCAAAAGUCAAGAAAAGCUCUCUUAAGGAAGAAAGUGCCAAAGAUGAACAUCCAAAAACUGAGAUGCCCAAGGAUUGUAAAGAUGUAGAAGUCUCUACUGAAGAGGAGAAAGAUAUUGGAGAUAUGAAAGAUGGCUCUCUUUUAAAAUCAAAAAGAAAGCAUAAGAAAAAGCAUAAGGAAAGACACAAAAUGGGAGAGGAGGUUAUACCAUUGAGAGUACUAUCAAAGAGUGAAUGGAUGGAAUUGAAAAAAGAAUAUUUGGCUCUGCAGAAAGCCAGUAUGGCUUCUUUAAAAAAAACAAUCUCCCAAAUUAAGUCUGAGAAUUUAGGACAGAUGGACACAGACCCUGGAAUAAAAAAUGGCCAUGUAGCAGCAAACAGGGAAGACUAUCAGCCCACUGAGAAGGUUAACACGGUGGGACCCCAGUUUGUAAGUGGUGUGAUUGUGAAAAUUAUUGGUAUGGAGCCCUUGCCAAGCAGGAAACACCUCCGGGAAACCUUGGCAGUGGUAUCAGAAGUUGUUUAUGUUGAUGUACUAGAAGGGGAUACAGAGUGCCAUGUUAGAUUUAAAACUCCAGAGGAUGCUCAAGCAGUAAUCAAAGCACAUGCAGAAAUUAAAAAGAAAUAUAAUUGGAAAUUUGAGAUCCUCUCUGGUGACCAUGAACAGAGAUAUUGGCAGAAGAUUUUAGUAGAUAGACAGGCUAAACUUAAUCAACCCCGUGAAAAGAAAAGAGGAACAGAAAAGUUGAUCAACAAAGCUGAAAAAAUUAGACUGGCCAAGACUCAACAAGCAAGUCAACACAUUAGGUUUUCGGAAUAUGAUUGAAGAUUUGAAUUUUGCUUUACCUUAUGGACUUAUAAAUUCACUGAAUCCUUUUAUCAUUCUUAAAAAAUAUUUCUUUCUGUCUUUUCAACAUGGUACUAUAGAAUGUUGUUUUAAAAGUCUUUUUUUUUUUCAUUGAAUUACAUUUAUAACUACUUUGAAAUCUGUAAAUAAGGUAUUUCCUUUAAGAGCUUUUUUUUUUUAAUUUUUGAAUGGUUUAUGUAAAUCAACUAAACAAAUGGCAAAUUAACAAUAAAAUGUUUUGAAUACCUGAGAA